CUGUAACUUCUGUAAACAUAGAAACAUUUUUAAUAACCCAGAGAUUUAUUUUAUAAAUUUGUUUUAAAGGCUGUGCUAUAAGAAAUUCUUUUUUUGAUCAAAUUAUAUGUAAAUUUUACAACAAGCUAUAAUAUCUAAUAAAGGCAAUGCCUAUAGAUAGACUUCGUCCUACACCUGUUGACAAGAUCUUAAGUUUUAGGAGGAAUCCCGAUCCGCAGCAGCUGGAAAGACAGCAGACAGAUGGAUUGGAAAAUGUUCCCAGGUUUUUGCCUUCUCAAUUUCUAAAGGAUGAGGAUAAUGGCAAGGAUCGACGAAUGCCAGACAGCGAUUCCAUAAAUUCCGAAGAUGCUAUAAGGCUGCCUCCUCCGAGGAGAUCUCCAGUUUCCAUGAGGAAUCUCCAAAGGGAGCUGUACUCCCCCAAUCAAUGUAUGAAUGUCCUGAAAGUUGUGGUGGCUGUGGUAACCAUUUGCGUGCUGUUCGCCACGAUUCCCUUGUCUCGUCACCAUAAGACAACUAAAGAGCAAGAUCUCAAGAUGAUUUUGCUAUGGAAUGAGCCACUGAUUGGAGGACCUGCCCACAUGGAAUGCGGUUGCCUGGUGACCAAUCAAAGGAAAUACAAUGACAAAGCUUUCGAUGCGGUGGUCGUAAAUGCAGAUCAUCCUUAUUCCUUUAAAGGUUUACAGGAUAUCCAACACAAACCGGAUUUCUAUGUGGUUUAUGCCGCCAAGAAGCCAAUUUCACAGGAUCUGCAGUCCGAUUUCCAGUGGUUUAACCUAACCAUGACUUAUCGUCUGGAUUCGCAUCUUAUAUGGACGGAUUACUACUUUUCCCAUACUAAUCUCGCCAGAAGACUCAAGUGGUUCCGUAAUCCCAGCAAGAAUUUUGCCGAUGAUAUGCCAGAAUCUACCAUCCAACGUUUGGAGGGGGAGAUAAUAAAGAAAUCCCGAUUGGCUGUCUAUAUGCUCUAUGAGGUGAAUGAGAAUAGUCUGCCAGAAAGUUUGUAUUUGGAGGAGCUGCGCAAAUAUGCCGAUCUCGAUGCCCAUGAAAGUUGCCUGGGUUCCUAUGACUGCAGUCCCUACUAUUUCAUGCUGAUCUUCGAACCAACUGCUUGUCCGGAUUAUGUAUCUCCGCAGAUGUUUACAGCUAUGGAUAAAUAUGUGGUACCCGUUUUGAUUGGAGGAGGAAAUCUAACCAAUCUGGUGCCACAGCAUUCUUAUAUUAGCAGCAAGGACUUUGCCACUCCCAAAGAUCUUAUUAAUCAUCUUAAGGAUCUAGCUGAUAAUACAGAGGAAUAUAAGCGCUAUUUCUGGUGGCACUCUCUCUAUAAAGUCAGGAAAACUUCGCAACCCUACUGCGCCCUCUGCAAACUCAUUCAACAGCCUCCCGAAGAACGCCAAAUUCAAGGAUCCUCUGGCCUGGACAUCAUCAACUGGUGGACCCAAUACCAAUGCCCCAAUCGAUCCACAACCUUCCUCUGAGUUCCAGUCCCCAAUAACCGAAUCCCAAUUAUAAUUACCAACGAUCGCAAAUUGCCCUCGUUCGGUGUGGUUCCGUUUA